AAAUCCAUAUUAUAUUUAUACCAAAAAGAAAAGAAAAACUCUAACAUCACGCCACCAAAGUGAAGCUAGAAGCACUCAUCUCCACUCCCACACCACGCCGGAAAAAGGAAAAGCCCCCUCCUCUAUGGCGCUAUCAUUACCAACUCGGCAAAGACGUGGAGUAGCGUCUGAUCUCCCAUCACCGUCCUCCUCGCCAUCAAAACCUUACGAAAAGGAAGACAAACGAAAGCGAUCAGAGGAAGGGCAAGAACAAAAAGCAAUAGGAUGGUUCUUACCCUUACUUGCUUUAGGAAUGUUGCGCUACUUGAGUGCUACAUCAAAUAUCAUUCAUGAUUGUGAUGAGGUUUUCAAUUAUUGGGAGCCUCUUCAUUUUCUGCUCUAUAAUUCUGGUUUCCAAACCUGGGAGUACAGUUCUCAGUUUGCGCUGAGGUCGUAUCUAUACAUUAAUUUCCAUGAAUUAGUCGGAUUACCAGCUUCCUGGUUGUUUCCUGAUGACAAAGUGAGAGUGUUCUAUGCAGUAAGGUUUUUUCUAGGUUUCGUCUCAGUUAUUGCUGAUGCUACGCUAGUAGUAGCACUUUCAAGGAAGUAUGGUAAACGACUUGCUUCCUAUGCGCUCGCCAUGUUAUGUUUAACCAGUGGUUGUUUCUUUGCUAGCACGAGUUUCUUGCCGAGUUCGUUUUCUAUGUAUGCCAUGAGUCUUUCGUCGGGAUUAUUUUUACUUGGGAAACCUGCUUUUGCUGUUGCCGUUGCAGCAGUUGGAGUAAUUCUUGGCUGGCCGUUCUCAAUUUUGGCUUUCUUGCCGAUUACAAUUUACUCUCUGCAAAGAAGAUUUAAACAAACAUUUUUAGCUGGGGCAGUCACCUCGCUUGUUCUUCUUGUGCUCUCGGUGCUUGUUGACUAUUACUACUACAAACGGUGGACAUCAUCUGUUUUUAAUCUCAUAGUAUAUAAUGUCCUAGGAGGUGGUGAGAGCCACUUAUAUGGGAUUGAAGGCCCUUUAUUUUAUCUGAGGAAUGGAUUUAACAAUUUCAACUUCUGUUUCAUCCUGGGUUUACUCUUCCUUGCAUUUCUACCCAUUGCAAGGAGAAAGUAUGCUCCAGACCUGCUAAUUGUGGUUUCACCUCUUUAUAUAUGGCUGGGGCUCAUGUCUUUGCAACCACACAAAGAAGAAAGGUUUGUUUUUCAUACUAUGGCCUCCAAAUUCCUUGCAGAGCUCUUUGUGCGAGAUUUGUUUGUAAUCACCCAAGCUAUCUUCCUGUACAAAUUAUUGAUAUGGAUUUGAAUGUUUCUGCUAAUCUUUCCAUAUUUUUGUGUCCUGGCAUUCUUUAUUCCAGUAAUUAACUCUAUUUCUCUCUAGUUA